GUCUGCGCCCGGCACCGGCGCAGGGGGCGUCGGGACUACUUCCACCCCUUUGGGGCGCGUGGAGGGCCCCUCACCCCGUUCGGCGAGGUUCACUCCGCGCCCUGGCUUCCCGGGUUGCACUUGGGUCUGCAGGGCGCCAUCCAAGAACAAAUGCAGGUUUGACAGACGGGGCCAACAUAGCAUUUUUCAGUCCCACCCUGUCGUCCCAAAGGUCUUCUGAGGGGACAUGAUAGGGAAGAACCCGAGGCAUCCAGUCCCCGCACCAAAGAACAUUCGAAUACAGGUUGGUGUCGGCUCCUAGCGGCGUCUAUCCCGUGGUCCUCCCGGGCGGCGUGGAGGGACUGGAGCCGCUCUGGCCGGCGCCGGCAUCUCUAUGCGUGACUGGGAAUGGCAACGAGAAUCGGCUGCCCGUGUCCUGAUGGCGUUGCGUGUGCACUGAUACUUCGUCUGUGAUGGCAUCCGAGGCUGAGAAGACCCAGGCCCUACUCCAGUCUUGCAGCCCCGAGUCUCUUCUUUCCAGCCUCGGGCUGGGGAUCUUCUGCCUCAUCGCUGACAGGCUCCUGCAGUUUUCCAUAAUCCAGCAGAAUCCCUGGCUGCGCGCCCUCUCUGACAAUGCCGUGCACGGCGUGAUCGGCAUGUGGUCCUGGGCAAUCGUCAUCGGAGUCAAGAAGAAGACCGACUUGAGAGAAAUCAUGUUGGCUGGAUUUUUAGCCUCUGUUAUUGAUGUAGACCACUUUUUCUUAGCUAGAUCCCUGUCUUUAAAGGCCGCACUGACUCUCCCGCAAAGGCCUUUCCUGCACUGUUCCACGGUGAUCCCCGCUGUGGCUCUGACCCUCAAGUUCACAAUGCACCUCUUCCAGCUCAAAGACUCCUGGUGCUUCCUGCCCUGGAUGGUGUUCAUGUCCUGGACCUCACACCACGUCCGCGAUGGCAUCCGCCACGGCUUGUGGCUAUGCCCAUUUGGGAACACUUCUCCCUUGCCAUUCUGGCUGUACGUGGUAGUCACUUCGUCCUUACCGCACCUCUGCUCCCUGGCAAUGUAUUUCACCGGGGCCAGACACGUGAUGUCUUCAAAGCACGGCAUUCGCAUCGACGUCUGAGCUGACCACGUGGCAGCCUGUGAGGAGCCCGGCUCAGACGGACAGUGAAGGGCAGCCCACGUUAAAGGGAGUUCUAGAACACAUAUUAGGUCCUCGCGUUAAUUAUGAUAAUUCCUGACUCCUCUUGCUCGGCAGGCAUGGACACAUUUUUAAAGUGGUGUACUUAUCAUUCUGCUUCUCCGUCUGUAUGUAGUGCAGUGCUAGAGGUCCGUUUAUUCCAUCGUUUCUUCUGUCCAUCUGGCUUUGCUAGCAGCUCUACUAGAUCGACAUCCGGUUAAGUUUUCUGGACGUAUAGUUUUAAGGGAGUCUAUUUCCUGAUGAAAACCAGUUCAGAUUUUAGGGGGACUGAUUUGUGGAAAGUUAGCAUUAUAUUUGGAUCCUCGUUUUCCUGAGACGUGGAAGCAGUGGAACGGCCGUGUUAGUGAAACUGAAUGAGAUGACUAGGCAGUGCUCACACUUCCCUCUGCUGUGUGUGUGUCUGGACUGAACUUUAACUUGCCAGGUGCUUUAGUGCGUUGUGAUUUCUGACAGAAUCACCUUCAGUGGUCUUGUGAGAAACUGUCAUGAUAUUCGUACAUGACAGUAACUGACACUAGAUCUAAGUUACUGUUCAGCAGUCACUUUAGGCCAGAGUAACAUCUUCUUGAAGUGCUGUUUUUGGUGUCUUUGCCCCAAGAUCUCACAUGCUACGGUUUCAGCUGUUUUGAAAAGCAUAACUAAAUUUAACAAAACAUUUAUUAAAAAUUAACAUGAACAAAACAUUGAUAUGUGGCUCAUAACCAUAGAAUUUGAAUUCACACCCAGAAAAGGACUUUCCAGUGAUGUCAUUUUGAAUGUGAGCUCCUGAAUGUGCCAUCAGAAUGGUGUUAGUUGCUGUCAAUGUGUUUACACACUCUUCGGAAGUAUUGUACCAGUUAUAUCAUUUUCUUAAAAGUCUGCCUGAUAUUGAGGGAUGACGCGUUUUUGUUCAAAGUAGUCUUAGAAAAGUUGAUUUUUUCCUUUUUUUCUUUCAGGCUGACCUUCUGUCAAAAAUGAUUAGCCUUUAUUAGCAAAGGGAAUCUAAUACUGUAAAUUUUACAUGAGCAGUUUAUGUUACUUAGACAUAAAAGUCCGCGCCGCAAAGGCACCGACUUUCGCGCACACACCCCACACGCAUUCACUGGUGACUUUCGACGCUAGUGAUUCUGUGCCUUCCUCUCUGAGAAUCGGUGCGGCGAGGCCUUACUGAUCUGAAGCAGACCUUUGUCAUUAGGUUGAGUGGUUCUGUAAAUUGUUACCAAGGCUCCAGGCCUUCGGUUUAGUUUUUGUUGUUGUUGUUGUUAACCAGUUGGUUGUCAUCUAUUAUAUUUUACAACUUACUGGGUCUUACAAUCUGUCAUUAUCUUAUGAGAGCAGUUAUUGUAUCCAUUUGUUUGGUUUAAUGGUAAAUAUUGUGGGGGGUAAAUGAAGGUAGAGGUUUUUACAAAGCGUAUGACUUCAGAAAUCCAUGGAAAUAAAGUCUGUAUCUUGUAUAACUUUUCCUGACUAAAUUAUAAAACUCUACUUUUCUCUUUCUCCGUAUUAAACAAAGGACUAUCUUUAAAACAUAGGGCCUUCCUUAAGAAUGUCACAAUGAAAAUUUGGGUGUUGUUCUAACUUUCUUUAUUAGAAUGGGGGUUCACUUUGCCCGUGAUGCUCUGCCUAAACAAUUAAGUGUGGGCUCAUCCUUGCUCUUACCACUGCCAUCAGAAGUGUUUCCCGUCCCUGCAGUGGUCUCUGAAAGCUGUCACCUCUAGAAACACGGCAGCUAACCUCCUGUGCCCUGGUUCUGUUCCUUUUCUUAGUGAAAGAGUUUUUGUCACGACCUUAGCCUGACGGCUGGGCUGUGUCUCGUCUGCACGUGUGCCACGUCUGUCCCCUGGACGUCCUCCGUCCUCUUACCUGUCCCGCCUGCCCACACUGCCACCUUCCUGAGCCACACCGGGUCCGCUGUCUGCCCAGAGGCCUUCACCCUGAACUCAGCAUCCCGAGCCUCGUUUUCCUUAGUUAAACCCACGCCUAUGGGUUAAAAAUUCCCAUUUACCAGCCUCCCACCUGCACCCCAUCAGGCAGAUCCCCCCCGGGCUCUUUUCACUGGCGGGACACUUACUUAGUUUUGUCCUUUGUCCCAUCCGAAGGGGACAGGAAUAGGGGCUGUUCUGGUCUUUGCUCACCCUGUCACAGCCAAACCUUUUAUCCAUCCGAGUUCUCAGUUUUCUUCAUUUGGUAUCUCCUGCUGUUACUCCCCCAAACCCUCCUCACCCUCACACACACCCUCUAGGACCACUCCCACCUUGGACCACGUGAGCACUUGGGUCCCUUUUGUCGUCCGAGGUCACCCUCAGGCAUCAGGGGGCCGCAGGAACUCCGGGCUUCAGUAUUUCCCUCUUCAGCUGAGCCCUGACUCUCGUCACCAUCACACGCCACCAGCCCUGCACCGUGUGGCAGGUCUCGUACCUCCCUUGCAGGUGCCGCUGCUCAGCCCCGAGACCUCCGACUGGUUUCUUUUUCCCUCCCAGAGCAACUAGCAGACGUCAGUGUCGCCUGUAAGUCAGGUUGAAGCAGGGAUGGCUCGGGACCAGAGUUUUGGCGUAGACACCGAGAAUUCGGGUUUCCAGCAGGUUCCCAGUGGAUGCCUGUGCUGCGGCCCGGGGACCACACCCAGGAACCAGGGCUCUGCACCCACCCUGCUCCCUUCACUUCGUUCCCCUCCCUCCCCGCUCGUCAGUGAGCCCACUCUCUGCCUUUCUACGGCUUACAACCAAUAAGCCUUUUCUGGCUUCACCUGGGACAGAAGAGGCAUCACCAAAUUAGCUGCAAAAGAUACAGCCUUCCGCUUCCAGAGCCAUUAUCACAGGAGGCCGUGAAACUGAUCUCCCGUGGAAAUGUGGCAGACCCCCUAAUCUGUUUCUGGAAAGGCGAUGCUGGGGUGGAGAUCUCCCCAGCACCCACAGGGCCACGCAGGAGAAGAGGACAGACCUCUUACAGACUGGGACCCCUGGUGAGUCAGUCCACACUCCCCUGAUGGCCAAGGCAGAGAGAACGCUGCUUGUCACUUCGUGUCCCCGGCUCCCAGCCAGCUGGUUAGCCACCUGACUCAAGCCCUCCCAGCUGUGCCCCGGCUGGAGGGAACCUGAGAAUAUCCUCAGUGGUGACAGCCCCAACAUCUCGGGACACAAAAACAGGGUGAGAGAGAAUCUCACAUUAUGAUUUUCCUCCCUGUGACUGUUUUCAGAAAGCUGGGGAUCAGCAGGUACCCCGAACCAAAUUCUUACGAGCCACAAUCCCAACGCCUCCCGGAAACACUGGAUUGAAGGAGGGUGUUCUCACUUCCCCGUGCGUCACUGUGCGUGCUCUGCGCCCUCUUCCGGAGGCCAGGACACACCCGGGCCGUGCGGACAGAAGAAUCAUGGGACUGUGCCUGGGCUCCCAGCGAAGGGGCGUCUGUCAGGCUACGUAAGCCGGGAUGUCCUGACAAACAGUAACCCAGCCAUCACACGUGCGGGCGAGUUUCCGCUUGGUUUCCUGCGGUGUCUCCUCUGGACUCAAGUCGCAAAGCUCUAGCCCGUAAGGGAUUUCUUUGCCAAAUAACGAAUCCGCUCAUCUCAUUACGUGACUCCCCCAGCACAAAACUGCACUAUCCCAGGACCUCAGGGAAAUCUGAUGACCUUUUUGCCUCGGUGCAGAAUAGCUUAUAAAUCAUUCCACGUGGGUGCAGGCCCGUAGUCUCGGGGUCUCCUGAGAAAAGACACUCGCCAAUUCUCGCCAGUGGUGACUGUGUUAGUAACACCUGUUCCACAGGAUGAAAGACAGACUGAACUUAGUUCUAAUGAAGUCCAUAGAUGUGGUAAGAGGGGGCUUUUGAUUUAGUCUUGUUAUGAAUUUAUAGAUAUUAUUUUGUUUAUUAGGGUACUUUUUACCUCUCCCUUUUAUCAAAAAAUGCUUGUUUCUAAUUGUUGCAAAUUAUUGUAAGUAUCAUAAUUGCUGUUAUAGAAAUAAGUCUUUAUUUAAAUGUAAACCCAAACCACUGAAUCUAAUUAACAUGUAAGAUAAAACAGUAGUGAAUUGUUCAGAUUCUCAGUUUGGCACAUUUUAGAAAGAUCGAGACGACUCAGUGUUGGCAGGAUGUGUAAAGCGAGUGGGCAUCGUUGGUGUGGAAUGGAACUUUUUUGCCAGAGGGAAUUUAGUAAUAUGAUUUUAAAGUCUAAGUCAUUUUACCGAGGAAUUCCAAAUUCCAAUGCUAGGAAUUUAUUCUGAAGAACUAAACAGGUAUGUGUACAAAGGAGAAAGAAUUUUGUUGGUUGCUGAAAAUGAAAACACAAAGUACCACUUAAAAGCCUUUAACUAGAGAAUUACACCCUGUUAUUGAACAGUAGAAUACUAACAGAUGAAGCAGACCCAUGUAAUGAUAUGCAAAACCAUCUGUAUGAAACAUUUAAAAACCA